AUGGCUCGAUUUCUACAAGAAGUGAGAAGCAAAAGGAUUCUUAGCGAACUUCAACAAGAUAAUUUGGUAACAAACCUAAGACAUUCUACUGCUGAGGAAAAUGAACAGAUAUUUAUACAUCAACACGAAAUGUCUGAAAAUAACAUAAACACGCCUUUUUCUGGCAAUUGCUGUAGUCCUGAACAAAGCGAUCUCAACCCUAAUGCCAACCCAAAGGAAGCUAUCAACGCCACCAUCAAUGUUUUAAGUCCACCAGAAAUCUGUAGCUUUGAACCCACAGAAAUCCUUGACAAUAAUGAUUACGAAUCUACUUCUUUAUAUUCAAGCACUCGUCGUCGUCUCGUAGUAAGGUCUUGGUCAUUAUCUGAUUUAACGCAUGAUACAAACAAUAUGAUUAGUUCCCUAAAAAAGUCGCCAUCGGUUCCAGCGUUGUUGGACUGUUCAAGCAUGGGUAAAAAAGAGUGA